AACGGAGAUGAGGAACCUAAAAUGGAUGCCCACAAAGAAGAAGGAACAGACAGAAGAACUGGGUGUACGGGAGACGAAAGAAAUUCAGCGGAAAAAGCAAUGUGUGACUCUAGUAUGCCAGGAAAAAGUCAAAAUCAGAUAGCGAGGCAAUACCAUGGGCCUCAUCGAAAUCCUGGACAAACAUCUGGAGGAGGGAUGCAAGAUAGAGCAGAAAUGAAGAUCGCAGGAACAUAUGAACAGUAUGACCAGAGGAACAGAGAACGGGGUAAGGCAGGAAGUGCUGAGAAUAAGAAAAAUGUAGAGGUCCAUAAAUAUGAAAGUAAAAAUCAUUCGGUCACUGUCGAAAACAAAGAGAAUGAAAUGGAACCAUAUCCAGAUUAUAUUGACCAUGACACUGAGAGUACGUCCAAGAAUAUGACUGAAGAAUGUGAGAAGGCCCUGAUUAGGAUAAAAGAAUUAGACGUGGAAAAUAAGGAGUUAACAGAAAAGCUAAAAAAAGAAAAAUCAGAAGUAGACAAUUUGAAAGAAGAAUUAAAACGAAGGGAAGAUGUGAAAAAUUCCAAUGAGAAAGAAACAGAGAUGCAAAAUCAAUGCAAUCAUUGCAAUAAAUACAAUGACAACUCACAAAAUGAAACCAAACACGAGGAACAUACAGAUAAGAGAGGCAGAUUGCAAUAUAAACAGGGGUCAAACAAUGAAGAAACUCAACAACAGAUAGAGAAAUUACGCACAGACUUGGAAAAAAUGAAAAAAGAGAAUGAUAGGAAAAUUCGAAAUUUAGAGGCUAAAUUACAAAAUGAAGAGCAAGUAAAAAGUAGCCUUGAAGCCCAGGUGAAAAAAAUAACAUUCGAAAAAAAUGAGGCACUCACAAGACUCAGUGAAAUAGCGGGUAGGCGACUAUUGGACAACAAUCCAUCCAUUGCAGACCUCAGCACAGAGAUACGACCAACCAAAAUCGGUGAAAACUUCAAGCAACUUUAUGAUAAUGAGUGGACUGAAGCAUUUGAAGAGUUAACAGAAGAAGGAAAAACAGAAGAGGAGUGUAUCAUAGAUCUUCUACUUAUUGUACAGGAUACUUUUACUUUUGCAAUGAAAGAAGCAAAAAAUUUUGAAUCCAGUUUGAUAUCAAUCGUCACAUCUUUUCCUGGGGAUGCAAGAAGCUCCAAGAAAAAUACCACAAAAGAUGAAGAGGAAUUAAUCAAACAACUUAAAAGAGUGUCCGCCGCCAGAACGAGUACUGCUGUGCAAGACAUGUAUUUAAGAAGAAUUGAGGUAAAGGAGAACAAAGGUGAAAGGUUAAAAAGUUAUGCUAUGAAGUGCAUGGAGCUGUGUUGGUAUAUGGCCGUACAGUCCCCGCCUAUGGUCAUUGUCUAUGCUGUGGAGUGUAAGGGACCCUUUGAUGAGAAAUAUUACACACGGUACACAGCCACGGGAGAUUUGUUUGAUUAUGUGGUUUGGCCCUGUACACUUCUGCAUGAAAAAGGUCCCAUUCUGGCGAAAGGAGUUGCUCAAGCAACCAAAGGUGAUAGAGAAGACUUCAAAAGAAAACGGGCACCUGCUGCGCCUAAACAAAAUACUGACGAACACUGCCUGUCUACAAAACCAGAUUCUCCUGGUAAAGAAGGGAUGUGCCAUGAAGAUAAUCCAAAAAUAAGAUACCAAAAGAGAGAUGAGAAAAACAAAAGCGAACAGAAAGUUCAUGAUAUUCAUAGUAAAACUGAAGAAUGUCGCUUUGGGCAAAGUGAUGGCUCAAAUAAACCCCAAAUGAAAAGUAAAAGCCUCUACGUGAAAUCCGGAACUAAUGAGGAAACAUCCGCUGGGGGACUACAUAAUGUAGCUCGAGGUCAGUCAAUAAAUAAAGAAACCGGACCUGAAGAUAAAAGAGGGAAGCAUGUGACUACAAUUAAAUUAUAAAAAAAAAAGAGA